AUGUCUAAUUAUACUAAAUAUACUGAUGGUGGAUACGAAGUUCGAGGAACAGCGAACGCAAAAGAACAAAAUCGAAGUGUUAAAAAUGAUAGUUUUCUGGAAAUGGAGGCUGCCAUGCGACAAAUCAAAGCAAAAUGGGAAUUUAUGACAAGCGAAGAAUUUAAUCCCGUUCCACUUGCUUUGGAAUUACUUGAUGGUAGUUCUCUUGGCAAAGAUUACAGAUUAUUUAAGCAAAUGAAGGGUCAAUUAGACAAAGCUCUUCAAUAUAUUGUUAAUGAUUAUUAUCAAGGAUUUAAUAGUUCAAUUGGUACAUUUGGCGGAGUUAUGCAAAAUAUUGGAGAUUCUCAGGAAAGAGUAAAGGAAAUGAAGUCGCAACUUAAAACAUGUAAAGAGAUGUUAAUGUCAAAACGUUCAGAUCUCCUUCAAUUAUGGUUCCGUAGUCAGCAAUAUAAAGAAAUGAUUCAAAAGCUGGAAGUUUUGUUAAGGGAUAAACAUUUUCUAACAGCCGCUAAAAUGCUUUUGGAUGCAAUAAAGUCUUUGGAGAAGAAAGAAAUGAUUGGAAUUGGAGCUUUAUCAGAUUUAAGGAGAUAUCUUAAAGCGCAACAAAAUUCACUCCAUGAGGUUUUAAUUGAGGAAUUACACAAUCAUUUAUAUCUUAAAAAUUCAUAUUGUGAUAGUAGAUGGGUAAAAUACACUAAAGAUCAGAAAACGCUGCCUUCACCGCUAAUGGAAUGGCAAUCUGGAAAAGAGACCCGCAUGAUAAGUUAUAUGACCUUAAAGAAUAAGAAGAAUUUACAAGUCAAUACUGGUCUUACUAUGAGCAUGCCUCUUAGCCCUAAAUCGCCUAAACCCUUAAAUAAUAACAUAACAUUUAAUGAUGAGGAUGAAAUGAUCGUAGAAAAUCUUGAUAUAAAUCCUGAGACUGACUCAUUCUAUUAUUUGGAAAUUUUAAUUGAAUCUCUCUCUACUUUGAAAAAAUUACCACAAGCUCUUGAGACUAUAACACAGAGGAUUCCAAUAGAAUUAUAUCAAUUAGUUGAUAAAACAAUUUCUGAAGUGGAAGAAAGGAAUUCUGAUAUUUUUAGUCAAAAGUCAAAGAUAAAUGAUGUAGCGGAUAUAUUCUCGCUAGAUUAUCCCGAGAACGAUGCUCAAAUGGAAAUAUUAAGAGAUUUACUUUGGACUCUAUAUUCUAAAUUAGAUGCUGUAUUACAGGGUCAUAGGUUCAUACUCGAAAUGGUGGAUAAGAUAAGUAAGAGACCAGAGUAUCAAAAAAAUGAUUCACAAAAGUUCAAGAUGCAUUCUUUUAUUGAGAUUUGGAAGCCUGUACAAAGUGAGGUUCGCACGCUUUUACGUGAUUAUAUAACAGAAGAUGAGAGAGUAUCUAUUUCUGAAAAUACUUCUGAGGCGUCCAUUCAGGAAAUGAUAAAAGACAGGCGAGCUCAUACAACGUUAAAUGAAGAAUUAAAUAAACAAUAUAAGAGAGAUAUUUCAACAGUACUUCAAAAUUCUAUGCCGGAAGUAUUUGCAAAAGUACCGGAUGAAAGACAAUUAUCUGUAUUUGUAGUCGAUAGAUUUGCAAAUGCAAACAUAACGGCAGGACAUAGACUUGUUAUUAAACCUGAUGCAUUUAAUGUUUCAAUUAUAUUUAAACCUACACUCGCGUUUUUAGAUAAAGUUAAAAAAAUUAUACCAUCAAGUGCGCAUCAGUCUUCUGCGGACUUCACAACUUUCUUGGAUGACUUUGUAUUUAAUGUUUUCUUACCGCAGAUUGGGGAUAAAAUAUUUGAAAUAUUUCGUCAAUCCACAGCUGAAUCUGAUGCUUUCCAGGAAGAUCCAAAUUACAAGACUUAUUCUGCAUUGCCAGUUAUCAAGAGCGCAUCUUCAUUGAUGAUGAUUGUAGAAAGUCUUUGUUCCAUGCUUUAUAAUAUGGCAAGCCACAAAGAAGAAUACAGUAAAAUGAUCAUCUCACUUCUUACACAAUAUUAUGUGAAAUGUUUUGAACAAUAUCAAGCAACCGUGUCAAAGAACAAAGGAGAAGGAACUGUAAAAGACGAUGCAAAUAACCAGGGAAUUAGUGCUACUUGGGUACAACAAGAUCAAUUAUCCGAAGUCUUAGGACAAUAUCCUUAUGUAGCUGAAGAUAAUCUUAAAAAUCGACGUAAACGAAAACAACUCUGUGAUAAGGAAACCAGAAUUGAAAUGAAUUUUAAAAGAAAUCGUGAAAUUAGUUUAGGACAAUUAAUUACCGAUAAUAAGAAAUUAACUGCUUUAGCGAACUUUUAUCACAGCUUGAAAUGGUUUGUUGCAAAAAUUUGGGAACUUCGUGGCAAAGAUUCGAAAUCAACAGGCAACCUGCAUUCGACUAAAAUGGAUGAUGGAAAUUUGGCCAAAAUAAGUCGUCGUUGGUCAUCAUAUGGUGAUGUUAAUUUUAGUUUAAAUGUCGAUGAUGAAAAGAAGAAAGAAAAUGGGGAUAAAGAAAUUAGCUUACCGUUGACAGGAGAAAUGGCAAAUCGAUUUGAUGCCCUAUUGGCUACUUUUCAACAAUUGGCUGAGCAAAACUUGUUCACUUUAAGAAUUGAACUACGUUGUCAUACUUUGCAUUAUCUUGAUAAAGCGAUGCGUGAGGGUAAUUAUCAACUCGAAUAUGAAGCAUACGAACCUGAUCCAUAUGUUUUAACACUUAAUGCUGACAUGGUAAAAUUUAAUGAGAGCAUCGCAUCUCAUUUACCAACGAAAGAACAUAAAUUUGUAUUUGAAGGUCUUGAUGCAUUAAUGGAACAUUCGUUGGUAAAUAAUGCCGUUUAUAUAAGAAAUUUAAAUACUAACGGUGUUAUGAAAAUGACGCGUAAUAUUCUUGCAUUACAACAAAAUUUAAAAAAUAUUGUUGAAACGCCUGGUGAUAUUUCAUUAGAAAGAGCUAGAAGAUAUUAUGAAAUGUUCAACAUGGGACCUGUGAAUAUGUUGACUCGAAUUAAAGAACAAGGUGCUAUAUUUUCAUUUGAAGAAUACAAGAUAAUGUUAGAAAUUAUGUAUAAAAUUGAUCCAACGGACAUGCAAACUACACCCUCUACACGCCGUGAUAGUCCAUCUUCUAAUAGAAGGUUGUAUAAUGAAAAUCUUUUGGAAUUGAAUGAAUUAAUGCUUGAUUUCCUAUAG